AUGAGGACAACUCCAAAUAGUGUUAAAGAAACUGCUUCUAAGGCUUCUACUUAAGAUUAUAAAAAAUAACAAUCACAACCAGUAUUUGAUAUUAAAUAUUUACCAGACUGUUAGUAUACCAGAGUCCAGUUAAUUGUUUCAUAUACCAUAAAAAUAUUGUUAACAGAGAUUUAAGCCAUAGCCUACAAUUUCAAAAUCUAUUGAAGAGAAGAGAUAUAAGUCAAAUAAAAAUAAUUUUUCAGAAAUUAAUAAUAGAACUAACAGCAGUUCUAAAAGUCGUAUAUCUGCAUUCACAAGCAAUCAAAUAGAGGAUGAAUCAAUGUAUAGUUCAUAAAAUGCUUUAAAAUUAAAAAAAUUAAUAGGAGAUUCAUAGACUUUGAAUACUCAUCUAUAUAUGUAGAAUUUAAUAACAACACAUUUUUAGCUCAAAAUCUAAUUUGACAUGUGAUUCAACAAGUCCAGGAGUCAGAUAGAAUAAAUCAGGAUACAAAAAGUAGAAUGAUUUAGACAUAGCUUAAAUUAAUAUGUUGAGAGAAAAAACAUUAAUGCAAAAAAGAGCAUACUAAUUGUAAUUUAGUUAAUCAAAAGAGUUAAUGGAAUAAUUAAUGAAUUUAGAUAAAUAAAUAUAAGGAACAGUUCAAGAACAAUAAAAAAAAUUACUAUACUUAAAAUCAAGAGGAUUAUGGGAACCUUUUAAAGAUUUAUUCAAUAAAUAAUUUGCAAGAACAUCAUUAUAAUAUAAGUCUUCCUUAAAUUUAUUGUAAAUUCAGGUAAGAGAGAUUGAAUAACAAUGGCAAGAUGUAACAAUGAAUAUUACUAAUAAUAUAUUUGAAUUGAUGUAAAAUUCUGCAGUUCUAAUGUCAUAUGAAUAGGACUUAAAAUUAAAUGAGAUGAUAGAAUAAAUGAGAAGAGAAAGAGAUAUUUGGUAAAAUAAUUAUAAAUCUCUUGAAUAAGAAAGAGACAUCUUAUUAGAGACAGUAUCUUAAUUAAAAUAAACAUUAGAGAAGAUAAAACCUUAAUAAUAAUAAUAAUAAUAAACUAAAAAACCAAAAGAUUUAGAUUAAUUAGAAACACAUUAAUUGAAAGAAAUGGCAUAAUUAAUGUAAGAUAAGAUUUAGGAAAUGUCUGAUAAGGAAUCUAAAUUAAUUAAAUUAGUAUUAGCUAUAAAAAGAUCAGGUAUUGAUAUUGAAAAAAUAUAUAAUGAAGAAGUUCUAAAUGAAGAUUCAAUAUCAGAAUAACAGAAUCAUUCUAUUAGAGAUAAAAAGUAAGAUCAAUUUUAAAUGUUAGAUAGAUGAUUACAAAAUUAGAAAAGAGUUUUAAUGAUGCAGAUAAUUCAGUAGUUAAUGAUUCAGAUGAAUCUAGUUUCCAAUAUAAUGGAAGAUUGGAUGAUGAAAGUAUUGUAGAAAGUAUCCGAAGAUUUGAAAAUAGAAUUUAAAAUAAUACAUAUGCUUAAGAAAGCAAAAGUUCUGUAAGGAUGAAAAUUGAUCUAUCAAAAUGUAAUCAACAUCAAUAAAAAAUAUAAUAGUUAUAAUAGUUAUAAUAAUAAUAAUUAAUUAAAAAACAAUAAUAAUAACAAUAGAAUAAUAUAAAUAAAUUAAAAAUACCUGAAUAAGAUCCUUAAGGAUUUCAUUAAGAAUUUAUGAUGAAAUUUAAUGAGUUUUCAGAAAGUUGGAGACUUUAAGUAUUAAAAGAUGAGAAAAAAAUAAAUUAGUGA